AUGACUACUACAGCGAGCGUUAUCGCGCCGGAGAAAGGCGGCGAUGAAGUCGCUGACCAAAGUCACUACACGAUUGUCCGCAAAACGACAAAUCUCGACCGCAUGUUUUAUGUCUAUCAUCGACUAGGGAUUCAGUCAAACGUCCUGGUUUCGGCUCGCUAUGCUUCUGCCCAGUCUGGCAACCAGCGACUUAUCCUUUCCGACGAAGCAGUCUUCUCCGCUCUGCACACCGUUGUCACCAAGUAUCCGGAACUGAGUCUUGUCGGAGUCGUAAAGGCGGUCGACAACAAGAAACAUCUUCUUUCUCUAGCGUCACUCAACAUCGUAGAUCUCGACUCCUGUGUUGAGUUUAUCGACGAAGAGCAGAACAUCGACGCGGAGUUCCUGGAAACCCUUCACAACCAGUGGCAAUGGGCAGAUGGAGAAGUGAAACCUGGUCAGCCAUGGUGGAAGGUCAUUGUUAUUGGGCGUCAAGACGUCAUAUUCGUAUUCCAUCACCUCGUCUGCGAUGGGGCAUUUGGAAUGACUUUCCACCGCGAAUUUCUUGUCGCACUCAAUGCCGCAGCGAUUUCAGAGCUCAACUCGACGCCAUCUCACAAGGUUCAGCUAAAUGCCGAAAGCGUGAGACUGAGCAAGAGACUCGAAGACAACAUUCACAAGAAGCCAUCAAUGCUGGGCGUCAUGUACAACCUUUUCAUGUUCCUCUUCUAUCGUCUGUUCUACGCCAAGAAGCUCUUCUUCAUGAACUUUCCGAAACCCAAGGUACUUCUCACGGAUCCGAUGGCAAUUACCCAGCCCGCCGAUCGAACCGCUACGAAAGUAGUGACAUGCCGUAUUCCUGCUGAGAAGACGAAAGCCAUUAUCGACGCUUGUCGAGCGCAUAGUACGACCUUUACGCCCUUUUUGGCUGUCAUGAUUGCGGGCACACUGGCGACGGACUUCUACCCGAACGCUGAGGUUGGCUUUACCCGGUAUGCCGUGGAUAUGAGAGCCACAGGGUGCUUCGAGACCUCUUCCGAAUACGAGGGUAAACUACUCAACCUAGCCGCGAGUCUACCAGAGCCCGAAUGGUUAAAAAAGUACCGACUGGCAUUCCCCAAGUCCUCGUUACAGGGCGAGAAGCAGCAGGAAAUCACGCCAACCGUCGAUGCGAAGGCCGUGUGGGCGCUAAUUCAAGAUUAUGGAAGACGGAUGAAGGAGUCGUGUGCGGGCGGCAAGGAUUCCCAUCUCUACAAGAGCUGGAUCAGCGGCAAUGCCUUGGGUCCGUCUCUCGAGGAGUUCGCGGCCAAGUUGCCGACUAUGGGCUUGUUCAUGCAGAACAGCUUCUCCGUUUCGAAUGUCGGAGCCCUCAGGACUGUACCACAAGAUUUGAACGUCGAAGAGCCGGUCGUAAAGAUCGAAGACGUACAGUUCUCGGCUGGACCCGUCCAGGGCGCGGUUGGUUAUCAUGGCAUCGUGUUCAACGUGGCUGGAGUUGCGGGCGGCGACACCGUCAUCAACGCUUGCACUGAGAAGGACAUGGCGCCUGAUGGGAUGCCUCAAGCUGUUCUGGACGGUGUUAUGGCUCGGAUCGAUGCGCUGCUGUUGCAGCGUGGCGUUUCCGAAAAGUCAUAA